AGAGGCCGGAGGACUGCCGGGGGGCCGGAGCGAAUGUGGGGCAGCCGAGGCAUUGCUGCUUCCGUCCUCCACACAUCUAUGCAACUCCGCUCAAGGAGUGCUGCUCUUACAAUGUAUGCUUCUAUAGCAAAUCAUGCCAAUUUGUGCCCGUAUUGCGGAAACAUUUGAUCGUGACAAAAUGGGCGGCAAGAUUGACUGUUACUUAGACAUCGCGUCCCUUUACAGCUACUUUGCCUUCCUCGAGCUGCAGAAGAACCGGGAACUGCUUGCAUCUCACAAUGUAGAGGUCGAGUAUGCCAUCCUUGCGCCCUGGAUUGUCUCUCUACAACGGCAUUGGACUUACACCUUCCAGGUUUCACCCUGUCUUGCUGGGCGCCAUCAAUGUCGGCUCCGGCAACCGCCCGCCGUGGACGCUCCCGGCCAAGGCGGCUUACGGCGCCUUCGAUGCGCGCCGCUCCGUGGCGCGCCACGCCAACCUCAAGAUCCAAGUCCCGAAAGACCUGAUGCAAGCCGCUAAGACGGUCAUCGUACGGCACCUCUCCCCGUAGUCCUCUUUUUUACCCUCCAGCCCACCACACAUACACCACCAGUCUCAGCAGCGAACUGCUCU